AUUUUGUAAAAUCAAAUGUAUUUUAUUUUUAUUUUUUGUAUUUAUAAUUUAUAAGGCAUCCGUCUGGAAAUUCACUUUGAUGUGGAGGAUGCUGUUCUUGCCAGACUCCACCCAAUAAAAACAUAAAGCCAAAUCAGAUAUAAAGAGAAAGAAAGGAAAAAGAAAAAGAAAUUAAUAAAUUGAGAUUUUGGUCAUACCCAUGCUUUAAGAGCAUGCUUACACUUGGCCUGGAUCAUUGCCAUAUACAUGAGUCAACUCUUGAAUGUGGGACGACCCCCCCUCACAAGCACAGACAAAGGCGCAAGGUCACUCGAGCCCCCUUCAUAACUGCAUUGAGUUUGAGUUGCUCGGGGCCGAGUGCAACAGCCUCCAAGAACCCAAUGAUGGGGUCUUGGUCAGGGGAGAUAACCCUUGUGGGAAGUUUUCCAACAUUCUCCCACCAAGACACAAAAGACUCCACAAAUUCCUUGCGGAGAUACUCUCUAUAAUCUGUCAAAUCCAGGAUUAUAGAGAAUAUCUCUGGUAGUGGAGUCUAAUUCAAAUAUAUUUGAUAAGUUACGGAAAAUUUGUACAACGAUAGCUAUGUUAUUUGGUGAAUAUUAUAUUUGUGUCAAGCUGUUGCUUGAUAUCCUCCAAAAGGUAAAAUCUUGGGGGCGGGCCUGGAGUACGGUCUGUAAUCAAGAUGAUCACAUCGAUGACAUUUAUGUUGUCUUCCUGGCACUGCACCCAAGAUACUGAAUAGUUGCAUUAUUAAUGCUCCGGUUAGGGACAUUAACGAUUUUUUUGAAAGAUCUCUUUGUAGCUACUGGCCAAAGCCAUUAGCAUAGCUCCAGAGACACCAGAUGAAAUGUAGACAUUUUUUUGCAAGGUUUUGAAAGAAGUUUG